AUGCCUCGAUAUCGUCCCGUCCUCUUCUCCCUCGCACUGCUGCUCAUCUCCGUCUCUGUCACCCUCCCCUUCCUCACCUUCCGCCUGCCGCCUCUCCAUCUCCCCGCCCUCGCUCGCCGCGACCUUCGCCGCUUCUUCCGCUCGCCUUUUAUUUCCCACCAGCAGCAGCAGCAGCAGCCUUUCGAUUCUCGUUCACCUGAGCGUGUCGAACUUGAGAAGCCGUUUGAGGCUCGGCAAACCGAGCCUCAUUGCUCGUCUCGUGUCGUGUCGUCGGUCAACAGAGCAUGGAGCGUUCGCUCGUCCCUUUCCGUUCGCUCGUCCCUUUCCGUUCGCUCGUCCCUUUCCGUUCGCUCGUCCCUUUCCGUUCGCUCGUCCCUUUCCGUUCGCUCGUCCCUUUCCGUUCGCUCGUCCCUUUCCGUUCGCUCGUCCCUUUCCGUUCGCUCGUCCCUUUCCGUUCGCUCGUCCCUUUCCGUUCGCUCGUCCCUUUCCGUUCGCUCGUCCCUUUCCGUUCGCUCGUCCCUUUCCGUUCGCUCGUCCCUUUCCGUUCGCUCGUCCCUUUCCGUUCGCUCCUCAGGUGAUUAUAUGUGUGUGCGCUCAUGUGAAUGUAUGCAUGUGAAUGAACAGUGGAAGGAGGAGCAUUGUCAGGCCAAUCAGAGCGCGCUGAGGUGGACCAAUCAGAUGCUCCGGCAUGAUGUCACGCACCUGAAGGCACAGCUGGCUGCGUGUGACAAGAGUGGGUGUUUGCACCUGAAGAAACACCUGAGAAAGCACCUGGAGCAGCAGUCAGGCGUUAUUGUAAACAAUUCUGAAGCGCUAGACAGGAGAGGGGUGAUGGGAAGCAGUGAGGAAGAGGAGGGAGGAAGCAGUAACACAGGCAGGGGGACAAGGCAGGAUGAGAGAAGGGACAAAAGUAGGAUUGCGGGCGAGAGAGGGGGAGAGGAUGGCAGGCAGAGUAAGGGGCUGGAGGGGGAGGAAAGGGCGGAUGGCGUGAGUGAGGAUGCGUAUGGGGGCAGGAGAGGCGGUAAGGACGCGGGGUGGGGAGGUGGUGAAGGUGAAGAGGGGAGUGGCGUUGAGGAUGAUGAGGAGAGGCGUGGUGGCAUGGGUGAGAGUGCGCGUGCGCUGAUGGCGCUGUGGGAGGCCGCUCCCUCCCUGGGGCUGCGGGAUGUGCGCAGUGCUGCUGUGCAGCAUGCUCUCACACAGCUCAGAUGCGCUGUGGUGGCACAGGGGGGAGAACCGGUGGGGGAAGUGGGGACUGCACAAGGGGAGGAGGGGGAGGGUAAGGAGAUGAACGUGGGAGUGCAGCAAGCAAAGAGACAAGCAGAUGCUUUGGGUGGGGCAGGAGAGAGUGUGGGAGGGGCAGGGGAGGAGGCGUGGUUGAGGGAGGAGGAGGAGCAGCGGCUGGUGCCGGCCGCACCCCAUGUGGACGACUGUGCCUCUCUCGCCACUGAUAUCAGCCUUCUGGAUUCGCGGUCUGCUGACGGGGAGCUUCCGGAUUGGUCGCUUUGGGGCGGCAGGUUGGGACUGGUGGCACGGCGGUUGGAGGAGCGGGAGAGGGAGAAGGUGAGGAGGGAGAGAGAAAGGGAAGGAGAGGGGCGUGCAGGCAAGGAAACAGAGGAAGCGGGAGGCGGAGAGAGGAUGGGAGAAGUAAAGGGAGAGGAAGAGGAAGAGGGAAGGAAGGCGGAAGGUGCGGCGGUUGUGGCGGAGGCAGAGGGGCAGUUGGAGGCGGAGGAGCAGGCGCGGGCAGUGCAGCAUGAGGCGAUGCGGUUACAGGCACAGGAGAGGAUGCAGGAGAGGCAAGGGGCGCGCGAGGAGCAGGCGGAGGUGGCGGCGUGGAUGGCGACAGCACGGGACGAGCAGCUCAUGGGGGACCACAGGGGGGCUGUCCUCGGGCCCUACCCCCCCUGGGUGAGUGCUGUGGCACGUGCCAUGUGUAGGAAUCAGGUGGGGGCGAAUAAAAUCUGCCCAUGUUACGCGGCGAGCGCAGAGGGACAUGUGGUUGCGCUAGCACCCCAAGAAACGCCUCGAUUCCUCUCCCUCUGCUAUGCACGGCACGCCCCUCUACAACCCAGCACCCCCGUGACUGCAGCAGCUCGAUUCCUCUCCAUCUGCUAUGCAUGCCGCACUCCCUCCACCCCCCUACCCACCAUCCUUCAGGUAUCAGGUGCGGACGAGGACAAUCUGCCCAUGACGCGGCGGGCCCAGAGGGACCUCUGGGUGCACCAGCACCCGCGGGACUGCUCGCACCCGUCUGUCAAGUUCCUGGUCGUGGACGUGCUCAGGAAGGUCCGCGGAAGCUUCCUGGGCGUGGGGGCGCAGGUGAACUGGCUGGCGGGCGUGCUGGGGACGGCUGUGGUGGAGGGGCGCGUGCUGAUGGAAGUGAGGGUGAGAGUGGUGAACUGGUUGGCGGGCGUGCUGGGGACGGCUGUGGUGGAGGGGCGCGUGCUGGUGGUGCGCCACUACCAUAGGGCGGCGCACGAUGGGUGCCAUGGUGGGUUGCGUUGCAGUAACCAAGGGAGGGAGGAGAUUGUAAGGGAAGGUGGGUGGUGUUGGGGCGCGUGCUGGUGGUCCGACAGUACCAUAGGGCGGCACACGACGGGUAACAGUGGUGGAAGAGAGGGUGAGAGUGGUGACGUGAGAGGUGUGCAUCGAGGCCGCUGGUCAUGCUACUUUGUCCCUGAGACCUCCUCUGAGUGCCGCCGCCACGCCCUGCAGCUGCUGCACGCAUCCCGGCCCACCCUCUCCUCCCCCAGCAAUGCCUCUCCCACCAAUAACACUGGCGAUGCUGCUGCCGGUUGGGAUGGUGGGGCUGACAACAGGGGGGAUGAGAGCAGCGGGGAGGAGCGGAGCAGGAGGAGGGUGACAGUAUGGGAGGAGUAUCUGGAUCGCAACAUCACCAACUUCUUCACCAUUCAAUAUCCCACGCCGUGGAAGCACAUGCAUCCGACGGUGGACGUGCAUGGAAGGCUCAUCCGAUGGACAGCAUUCAACCGCCACCGCUGGUGGUUCGCCCAGGCUGCCACCUACCUCAUGCGCUACCCCUCCCCUUGUCUCUGCCGCCUCCUCAAUCGCGCUCGCCACCGCUCCUUUGGCCCUGCCCUCGCCACCCGGGCAGCCCGCUUCCUGCCCUCCAAUUGGCCGAAAACCGUCGAGCAGCUGCCCGAUCUCACCUCUCGAAACGCCCUGGGCAGCGAGGGGAAAAUCGAGGAGAUAUGGCAGGCAGCGAGUGGCGGCGCUAUAGGCGGCACAGGGGCACUGUCAGGAACGGGAGCGUACCGAGCGGGGGGGUAUGUGCCAGAGGGGCUGGUGGCGGUGCAUGUGCGGCAGGGCGACAAGGCGGGCGAAAUGGCGAUGGCGGGGGUGGACGUGUAUGUGGCAUUGCUGGGCCGCGUGAGACGCCAGUUUCCCUACGCGGACGCGGUGUGGCUCAGCACUGAGAUGCAGGGCGACAAGACAGGCGAGAUGGCGAUGGCGGGGGUGGACGUGUAUCUGGCGCUGCUGGGCCGCGUGAGACGCCAGUUCCCCCAUGCCGACUUUGUGUGGCUCAGCACUGAGAUGCAGGCGGUGGUGGACGCCACCAGGCACUACACGCGGUGGCGCUUCCACACCACUGACUUCCCCCGCCAGGCUCUAUCUCCCCCUCCUCCUCCCCUCCCCCCUGCCUUCCUCCUCCGCCCCACACAGGCGGUGGUGGACGCCACCAGGCACUACACGCGUUGGCGCUUCCACACCACUGACUUCCCCCGCCAGGCUCUAUCUCCCCCUCCUCAUCCCCUCCCCCCUGCCUUCCUCCUCCGCCCCACACAGGCGGUGGUGGACGCCACCAGGCACUACACGCGUUGGCGCUUCCACACCACUGACUUCCCCCGCCAGGCUCUAUCUCCCCCUCCUCAUCCCCUCCCCCCUGCCUUCCUCCUCCGCCCCACACAGGCGGUGGUGGACGCCACCAGGCACUACACGCGUUGGCGCUUCCACACCACUGACUUCCCCCGCCAGGCUCUAUCUCCCCCUCCUCGUCCCCUCCCCCCUGCCUUCCUCCUCCGCCCCACACAGGCGGUGGUGGACGCCACCAGGCACUACACGCGUUGGCGCUUCCACGCCACCGACUUCCCCCGCCAGGCGGCAGGCGAGAGCAUGGACGCAUACGACGCGCGCGUGGGGGAGCAGCGCGCCACGGACAACGCCUACGUGAACCUCCUGAUCUCCGCCGAUGCGCCCUUCUUCGUGGGCACCAUGGGGUCCACUUGGUCCGUGCUCAUUGAUAACCUCUGA